AUGGCUACCAAUUCGCCCCAGGGAAGUAAUCUGGACCGCUACGUCGUCAUUCACGUAGCUACAACGUGUGACGAGCAUGGCGUGUACGUGACCAAGGACUCCGCCGAGGUCAUUGAGCUGGGAUGGAUCCUGCUGGACGCAAAGUCCUGUGAGGAGCUGCACCGCGAGAGCGUGCUCGUCAAGCCCGUCAACACGCCCAUCACCCCUCUUUGCACCUCUUUGACGACCCUCACCUGGGAGCACGUCCGCAACUCCGGCUCCUUCCGUGACGCCAUCAACCGCUUCGACCAGUUCUCCAACGAGCACCUCCUCUCGAAGAAUCUCGAAUUCGCCUUCGUCACACUCGACUCGUGGGAUCUUCGGGUGCAGCUUCCACGUGAGGCUCGGGACAAGGCCGUUGUGCUGCCGCCCUACCUGCAGCACUCCAGGACAUUCGACCUGCGCACGGAGUACCAGCGUUGGCAAGCUCACCACCCGGAGUCUUUGCCUUUCGGCUCGAGCGCUCUGUCCAACAUCUGCGCCGCCCUUGAGGUCGAGCCAGUCCAGUCGUCCGCUCCUAUUAAGCACAACCUCCCUUUCCACCUGCAAGCAUUGGCCCCCGCGUCGCCUAGGCGGGCUAUGGAGGAGGCGGUCACUCUCGCUCGCGUUCUUAGGGGCCUUAUCCGCAAGUCGCAACCUCCUCACGAGCACCCCGACGUCCUCACCCGCCCCAUGGACGCCAGAGCAGACGUUCGCGCGUUCCUGUCUGAGCGUAGCAAGGUCCUCCACAUGAGCGGUCUUCCCCACGACACGACGCAGUCUGAGUUGGAGAGCUGGUUCACACAGUUUGGUGGAAGGCCCAUCGCUUUCUGGACGCUCCGCACACCGGAUCAGCACAAGCCGACGGGCACUGGUUUCGCUAUCUUCUCGUCGCAUGAGGAGGCUGCCGAAAGUUUGUGUAUGAACGGUCGUGCCUUGAACGAGAAGGCCAUCGAGGUCUCGCCUUCCUCUAGCCGUGUCCUCGAUCGUGCCGCUGAGAUUCUCACCCCCUUCCCGCCAAGCAAGAACCGCCCUCGUCCCGGUGACUGGACCUGCCCGUCAUGCGGCUUCUCCAACUUCCAGCGCCGUACUGCCUGCUUCCGCUGCUCGUUUCCUGCGAUGUCUGGGGGCCCCGCCGGCGACCCAAUGGGCUAUAGCCCGUACGGCUAUGGCCACCCUGGCAUGAUGGGCCCGCCCCACCACAUGGGCCACGGACACGGCAUGCCAGGCCACAUGCGUGGUGGCAACAGCGGUGGCAUUGUCCCCUUCCGUGCUGGCGAUUGGAAGUGCGGCUCUGAAGGAUGUGGCUAUCACAACUUUGCCAAGAACGUCAGCUGCCUUCGCUGCGGUGCUAGCCGUGCCGGCGCUGCUGUUGUGGCUGACACGGCCUUCCCGUCGCCCAUGGACACGCCUAGUAGCUACGGCAUGGGACCUCCUUCGAUGGCUGGAACGCCCGGUGCUGGGCCAUUUGGUGCUGCUGGUGGAUUUGGCUCUGGCGCGGGCUUCCCUGGCCAGCAAUUCGGCGGUCCGCCCUCGACGUAUGCCCUUCCUUCGGGCAUUGGCGCUGCCAGCCCUUACCCUCCCAUGGGCACUCAGUACGCGCCCAAUGGCGGGAUGCAUGCGUCUCCUUUCGACAGCCGCGCGGCUGAGGCGGCUUUCUCCUCGGCUGGCCAGGCUCCGGCGUCAGCCGGCGCGGGGUUCUCCAACGGCGGCGUGCCGGACGGCCAGAACGACCCGUUCUCCUUCCUGACCCCCAGCUUCGGACAGCUUUCGGUGGGUGACGACGGGCGCCGUGGAGCUCCGGCCAACAAGUCUCCCGCUUAG